UGCACGGAUGUCUCCCGCUAGUGAAUUCAGUAUUGACUAUAAAAAUUUAGAAGGACUUAUUAAAUAAAAUUACAAAUUAAAGCAAUUAACAAAAGUGAAAAUCUAAAGUUAAAUUAUUAAAUAAGUUAAGUUCUUGCGCAAUGAAACUCCACAGUAAUGCUGAGGACUCGGAACCUAUUGUGUCAUCCUCGCGGCAGGCCGCACCCAGCAUUCAAUCGGCUGAUAAUUAUUCCAAUGGCUCUAAUAUGCGACAGGAGCAAGAGAAACGCGAAAUCUCUGGCGAGGAUCAAGAGGAUUUGGGUUAUACGCACACUCUGAUGUAUGGCCGAUAUUCGAGGGAUCUUCAGCAGUUUGCAGGCGAUGAAGCCCGAAGAUUGCGCAAACUUGCCAAACUGCGCAAACAAGAGGACAAACUUAGGAGCAAGCUAUUGGAACUGGAGAAUAAUGAACCCACGAGACUGCAGUGCAUCUCAUCCUGGGCCUGCCAUCAUGUUGCCAAUCGCUUGGGCAAGGAUUGGAUCUUUCUCACUGUCUGCGGAAUCAUAAUGGCUCUAAUCUCCUUUGGAAUGGAUGAAGGCAUUCGCUUGCUGACUGAACUUCGUUUCUGGUUCUACAAGAACAUCACUUCAGAUGCAUUUGUGCAGUAUUUCAUGUGGGUCUUACUGCCGGUUUGCAUGGUCGUAUUUACGGCAUUCUUUGUACAUCGUAUAUCUCCACAAGCUGCAGGUUCUGGAAUACCCGAAAUGAAGACAAUUCUGCGUGGCGUUACGUUGAAGAACUAUCUAACAUUUAAGACCUUGGUGGCCAAGGUGCUCGGCCUAACAUUCAUAUUAGGCAGUGGCAUGCCCUUGGGCAAGGAAGGUCCCUAUGUGCAUAUAGCUAGCAUUGUGGCGAGUCUUCUAAGCAAGAUGGCAGCUCCAUUUCGUAGCAUCUAUCAAAAUGAGUCCCGCAACACUGAAAUGUUGGCAGCUGCCUGUGCCUUGGGAUUGGGCACCUGCUUUGCAGCUCCCAUUGGAGCCGUUCUAUUCAGUAUUGAGGUGACCACAACAUACUUUGCGGUUCGCAAUUAUUGGCGUGGUUUCUUUGGUUGUGUGGUGGGUGCGUCGGCGGUGCGACUUAUAGCCGUGUGGUUCCAGGGUGCAGAUACAGUACACGCUGUGUAUCCCACCAACAUCGCCACGGAAUUUCCAUUCGAUUCCAGGGAACUCGUAUUCUUUGCCUUAACGGGCGCUCUAUGUGGUAUGCUUGGCGCCUCCUUUGUCUGGAUUCAUCGGCAUUAUGUUCUUUUCAUACGCUCCAGCAAAGCUCUGAAUAAAUUCCUUCAAAAAAAUCUUCUAUUGUACCCUGGAAUUCUGGCGCUUAUUAUAUCAACACUCACCUUUCCAUUGGGCACCGGAAUGUUUUUCGGUGGUGAUUUGGAAACUGAAAAGCAAUUGACGCAUCUUUUUAGUAACUUUACCUGGACAAGCAAAGAUCUGAAUGUAGAACAAACUGAAAUCGUCUCGCAUUGGAAGACCAAAUAUAGCAGCAUCUUUGGCAAUCUCAUUUGCUACACGCUUUUCCAUUUCUUCUUCUCCAUCAUUGGCUCCACAAUGGCCGUACCACACGGCAUGUUUAUACCAGCCCUUAAGAUUGGUAGUGGCUUUGGACGCUUGGUUGGUGAAUUUGUUGCCUGGACAUUUCCUCUAGGAGUACGGUAUGGGGAUUGCAUGUCACCCAUUAUGCCGGCUGCAUAUGCUAUUGUAGGUGCCGCUGCCUUCUCCGGAUCGGUGACCCACUCCAUUUCCGUUGCGGUUGUGGUAUUCGAGAUAACAGGACAAAUAGCCUUUGUGGUUCCCGUCCUGGUGGCGGUGUUGGUGGCCAAUGCGGUGUCUUCACUUCUACAGCCUUCCAUGUACGAGAGCGUCAUCCAGAUCAAGAAGCUGCCCUAUUUGCCCGAUCUUCUCUACACAAACUCGGGCUUAUACAAGAAAUGUGUGGAGGACUUUAUGGUUCGAGAUGUCAAAUACAUUUGGCAGGGAAUCUCCUACAAGAAACUGAAGGAGGUGUUGAGAAAAAAUGGAAAGCUACGCUCACUUCCCUUGGUAGAGAGUCCAGAGAACCUGAUACUCUUGGGAUCUGUGCAGCGUCAGGAGUUGGUCAAAUUGAUUGAGCAGCAAAUUGGACGUGAGAAGCGUAUGGAGAUGGCGGUGAGAUGGCGCGAAGAGGAAUUGAAGGAGCAAGAGGCCGGCCGACGUCCAUCCCGCUUUGAGGUUAUUCCAGCACAAGAAGCCUUAAGUCUGCGUCAUAUGGCAAGUGAGGAAAUGUUGCCCUCAGAGCGUCGAGCUGAUGCUCUGGAGCAGCACAAGUCCAUUUUAAAGAAGAGUUCCCUCAGUCUUCGAGAGCAAUCGAACGAUUCACUGAACAGCACCAACAGCAAUUCGGAGUGGCGUCUUCGUUCAGCGUUCCAAAAUGCGUUCAAGAAAUCAUCAGAUCCAGAGCUUGAUCUGGAAUCGGGCUCCAAUGAAGAUCUGCAGCCAACGACGAGUGUCUCGAAAAGGGUUCAUUUGUGCGGCGAUCGUGUUGUGGACAUGUCACCUGAGGGCAAGAAACAAUGGGAGCUCGAUCAGUUGGCGAAACCCAUUGACUUUAGGGCAGUAGCAUGUUGCAUUGAUCCCUCACCGUUCCAGCUGGUCGAACGCACAUCUCUUUUAAGAGUACACUCCAUGUUCUCCAUGAUGGGAGUUAAUCAUGCAUAUGUGACCAGAAUCGGUCGCCUUGUGGGUGUUGUCAGCCUAAAAGAGCUGCGUCAGGCUAUCGAGGACAUCAACAGUCAGAGCUUUGAUGAAUCAGCUCAGCAACAACCCGCUGAUGUGAAGCCCUUGCUAGCAGCCAGUUCCAGUGACGAAGGCGUUAAUAGCACCAUUACUUCCGUCAACUCAAUGGCAUCUGCUCUUAAAAUAGCACAAGGAAGCAACACAGCUCCCCAAGAUGCUCACACUAAUGUUAUCAUUGACCAAACUGAGGAGCACGUAAAAACAAAAUAGGUUUACAAUCUUUUACAGCUUAAAAUGCUAUAAUUAACAGUUUUAUUUUGGUGCUUUAAAUAGUAGCAUAGAGCAGGACUCAAUAAACAUUUGUCUGGAAUACAAAAUCUAUAGAAACUAAAAAUAAUAAUAAUACCUCAU